CGUGCCGCGAGGCCAUGUACCUACAGCAUAGAGACUGUCUUUGCGCUCCGUGCUACUAAAUGCUAAACACAUUUAACAACAAUUGCACUGUUUGCCGAUGACUUUCCGCUAAACAUUUGACAGUCAGAAUUUGAAGCCGAACGUCAUUGGAGUUGGGUAUUUCACGGCCACUGCGACGCAUUGCGUUGCCGCAGCAUUUCCUGCUGUUUUCUCAGUGUUUCUAUGUUGGAAUUGGAAUUUUCGAACCGACUCAAUGUCCAAGCGUAAUUUUGUGCAGUGCUCAUACUGAGGUUAAGAUUGAUUAUGCCGACAACGUGUUGUUUAUUAUUAUUGUUGCUCCAUUAAAUGUGUUGUGAUUUUGUGCGAUAGUUACUGUGACUUGUGAAUACUGACCAUGGAUAUACUUCCCAGCGUCGAUAUCUUCCGUGAACUUCAGGACAUCCACGACACCGGCUACUUCUCGGCAAAGCCAUCGCUGGAUGAUCACUGGCAACAGACAUGUUAUGAAAUGGAACGAUACCUGAAAGACGAGCCAAAAUUAUCGUUGAAAAAGCUUCCCUCGAACCAAACCUGGUUCGAGGUGAACUGCAUAGAGGAAUACAGCGACCACGGGCACCUGGACGCGCUGAGUUCCGCCAGCUCGCCCUGCAGCUGGGACGGCGCGCUCUCGUGCGCCGUCCUGGUAAAGCAGGAGCCGAUCGACGACGACGACGAGGACGACGGCUACGACAGCCGCGUCCACGCCGACCACCACCCGAGCGACGCGCUCCAGCUCAGGCUGGUGACGCGGAACUCCGCGGCCACGCUGACGCCCCCGUCGAGUCCGGAAUCCGGGCCCGGGCACAACAGCAACGGCUCCUCCAGCGCCAGCGAGCUGGACGUUUGCGGGCUGAGGGUGGGCACCGUGCCCAGGAACGCAAUCGUCAGGUUACGGACGUCUGGCGUCACGAGGUAUAUUUCCGUGGUACCACGUGGUGCUCCGACGAGUCCAGUGGCGGCGCCGGUAGGCGCCGCGACGACGAAACACUCCCGCCUCGAUCAUUCCCCCGACUCCAAGCGUAGGAUACAUAAGUGCCAAUUCCUCGGUUGUAAAAAGGUCUACACCAAAAGUUCGCAUCUCAAAGCUCACCAAAGAACCCAUACAGGAGAAAAACCGUACAAAUGUUCUUGGGAGGGUUGCGAAUGGAGGUUCGCCCGUUCGGACGAGCUGACGCGCCACUAUCGCAAACACACGGGCGCCAAACCGUUCAAAUGCCGGCACUGCGACCGGUGCUUCAGCCGUUCCGAUCAUCUGGCCUUGCACAUGAAACGUCACGCCUAAUAGUCGAAGACGAGGAAGGCCUGCAUCACUGCCAAGUUACCGCUAGUGUAAAUAGGAUUGUGUAAAAAAUAAUGGACUUGAAAACCUAAGUAUAAGUUUCGGUGAGGACUCUAAGAGCGCACGCAAAAGCUAAGGUGGCCUUGCCAGCGCCGGAACCAUUUCAAUGAAGAUUUUUGAGAUAUUUUCGGGGUUUUUUGGGUUUCAUUUUUUAAUGCAUUUUGUAUUUUAUUCAAGGAAUAAAAAGUGGAAAGCAUUAAAAGAUAAUUAAAUUAAUGGUCAAACAAUUUGAAAAUAUUUUUCUACAAACAAAUAUAAGAUGAAAUUAAAUAAAACAGUAAUAAUUAAUGGUAAAUUUUAAUUUCUUCAUAAAGAUUAUAAAUUAUUUUCUAUUCACAAAUACAAGUAAUUUUACUUUUAAUACAAAACAUUUUUUUUAUUUCCAUUCCAUUUUAUAUUUAUAACCCAAGCUUUAGCUAAUUCACGAAAAAAGAAUGGAUUUUUGUUACUUGAUUUUUUUUUCAAAUAAAAUAUCGUCUUGCUAUAAGAAAUAAAACUGAAUAAUAUUUAAAUGCAUUAAAUUACUUGUUUGUCAAAAAAAUAAAUAAAAAACUUCAAUGUGGUAAACAAUGAAAUUUUUUAUUUAAUUUUGUCAUUUUGCCAUAUUAAAUUAUUUACUAAAAAAAUUACAUUAACAAUAUCUUUGUUAUAAAAUAGUAAGAAACAAUUUUAAAGGAUACUAGUGUGACUAUUAUUAUUUUUAUUAUUAGGUAUAACAAAGCUAAAUUUAAUAUUUUAAAAAAAUUUAAAAAAACUACAUUUUUACAAACGAUUAAAAAUACAAUAUAUACACGUAACAUCAAUCCCAAAAUGCCAAAAAAAAAUCCAUAAAAAUAUUUUUAAAAAUAUCUUAAAUGAACCUAAACAAAACACGAACACACCACUCAAUUAUCUUGUUUUAUUAAAUUUUUCGAUCUAUCGAGCAAUAGAACAAACGUUUUUUUCUCUUAGUCACGAUUUGAAAUUGGUUACGGGCGUUGGCAAGGUCGUCCGGAGGAAAUUCCUCAGUGAUGUUCAUUCCUGUGAUCGACAUUGUCAGCUAGGGCUGAACACACACCUACAGAGCAUUUAUAGUAGACGUAAGGGUUGCGAAACUGUUUUCUUCGUCGUCGAUUCUAACCUUGGUCCACUGGACGAUAAAUUUAUUACUGCUUGGCACGUGCACCCAAAAUGAAACGCCAAAAACUAUGUUAAUUUUUUUUUCAUACGCCAUCUAAAUAUAGCUUGUUGAUUUGUUUUAUUAAUUAAAUUGAAUGCUUAAUAGUGGCGAGGAUAAUGCAAUUUUUAAUACUUCCAUAAAAAGGCCAAGUAAAUCCACUAGGGGCCUAACUACACUAAUGCCCUAAUUUUAUAGAAUAUUUUGCAUGAUUAAAAAGGAAUUAUUUAGUAUAAAUUAAAUAAAUAUACAUUUAGUAUAUAAAAGAUAAUUAGCUAAUUUUUAAAUUGUGAUAAAUAUUUUUAAUAAACAAUAAGUAGUUAAAUUAAUGAUAAAUGACGACUGAUUAAAUGAAUUUAGAAAAAAAACUACGCACGAACUUCCCGCUAUUAAAACGUAUAAUUACAUAUAGAUAAAUUUAUAAAAAAAUUUAUAACAUAUCAAUAAUAUUUUCAAAGUCGUUUUUGUGUUGCUGGUUAUUUUGGGUGUACAUUUUAUAUUUAUUAAUUUAUACCUAUUUAUUAUAUUUAUUUAAAAUUUGUACUUUCUCUUUAAAAACAGUCUUACACUUUGAAUACACCAUUUACUUGUAUAAGUUGUGUGUAUAUUAAUUAAUUCUAUUGUUUAUUUUUUGUAUAUUUUAUUUACAAACCUUUAUUUUUUGUUAAGUAUUAAAUGUUUUAUAUAGUUUUCUAUUUGUUUUAUAGUAAUGUGCAAUAAUUAUUUUUUGUACAAAGUAAAAUAAUAAUGAAAAAUAUAUGCAAUAUAAUUAGAAUAUCUGUUAGGGGCAUAUAGCAUAAAAAUUUGUGAUAACAAUGGUGAACAAAAAUGUAAAAGUUAAAACUGUUUUUAAGAAGAACGUUUAUAUAAUACAUACAUUGGUAUAAUUAUUGACAAAAAGAUUUUUAAGCCAGUCAUUUAAGGAGUCGUUUUUCCAGUAGAAUAUUAAGAAAGUUAUACUAAUAUUAAACCCUACCAUGCAAUCUAAUUGAAAAACCGGAACGUUUUAAAAAAAUUAAAAAACUUGUAAUUCCAAAUGUAAGGAAAUCAAACUAACAAGGUUAUUUAAAGGUUGCAACGUUGAUACCAGGCUCCUUUUAGUAUUACAAUAAUUUGCAACCUUAAACAAAAUCUUUUAAAUUAAUUCGAUUCCUUUUUCCAUUAAAAAUAUCACAUUAGAUAAAUAAAUAAUUAACUUUUCGUUAAUCCAAAAUGCUAUUAGCUAUGCUAUUAGCUAUGCUAUUAGCAUUAAAUUAAAUUUACAUUCCACGCCAUUUUACUUUUAUUAACUUUUUUAUGGUUAAGUACAUACUAGCUAAGACUAGCCUCUAUGAUUUUUUCAACCCCCAUAACAUUUUAAACUGAAAAAACGGUAUUUAUUAAUAAAGUAUGUACUCCAAAAUUUUUUUAAAAAACUAUUGUCCAUUUAACAAAUUUUAAACCUUGACCGGUAAUGGGAAAAGAUGCGAUUUUUUUUAAUUUUUAAUUAUAUUUUUUUAUUUUUGCUUUGAUAAUUGAUAACACAUGCCCAGAAAAAAUAAGUGAUAUUAGUCAUGAUUUUCUUAUGUGUUGUUAAAAAAAUUAUUUUGUAUCUAGACAAUUUGAAUUGUCAACAUUCUUCUAUAAAAUAAUAAAUAAUGUUACUUCUCUCUUUAAGCAUUUUCUUAAUUUAUGAGUAUUAGAUUUACAUUUUUAUGGAGAUUGUUUUUUUUGAAACACAAAAAGCUUUUCCUAUUUUCAACACACUGUAUAAUCUAGAUGUGUAGGACUUAAACUGAGUUUAGAUUUAGGUUCAGGGGGCGCAGACCACUUGUUUUUUUAGGCUUGUAUUAUCGAUUAUGAAGGAAAAAAACAUAAUUACAAAUUUAAACAAAAUAGAUAUUGGACCAGGCUUAAACUGUUAAAUGGACAAUAGUUUUUUUUAAACUUGAAAUAAAUCGAUCAGUCGAUUUUAAAAAUAACGAUUUAUUUUUAAAACAUGAAAAUUAUAUUUAAAGAAAAACGUAAUUAAAAAAAAUAUCAUCUCCUAAAAAAAGAAAAAAACCAUAGAGGCUACUCUCAAAUAGUAAUUAAAAAUAAAAAAAUCAAAAAAAAAUCGGAGAUGCAAAUUUAAAAUGGUAUCCGAUUUGGCGUGGAAUGCCCUAUGCAGAAUAUUAUUUUGUGCAUAGGCUUCUAUGUACAACUUUUGUAAUUUUGAUUAAAAAAAUUAUUCCUAAAUAUCUUAAUUAUUUAAAAUUAAUUAUAUUCCUCAAAUUUUGCAAUUGACAAAAAAUUUGUUUUUUUUUUAAUUUUUCCGGUUUGCAAAUUCGGAUAUAGUAUUAGUUUAACUUUCUCAAACUUUAUUUCUUGUAUACUUUUUUCCUUUAACGACUGGCCUAUUUUGCAUUAAUUUUGAAGCAAGAAAUUUUUACGAUUUAUUUUUUAAUAUUAUGUUUUGCUUUUUUGCUAUAUUUAUACAUUACGCUUUCACAAAUUUUAUUCAUUUAUUUUAAGAGCGGCGAACAAAUUAUUCGUUUUUCUACUUCUGAUGAAUUAAAUUGAAUUUAUUAUUUUUGUCGAUUAUUAUACGAAUCGCCAGAUUUGGGACGAAGAAAAUAGUUUUUUUAGAUAGUCAUUAUAUUUAGUAUGUACGAAUGUGUCAAAGUAUUAACUCAAGACUGUGCAGGCGCACACCGCCGGAUAUUAGGCUAAAUGUCACUAUUUGUAAUAAAAAAAUCAAAAAAUUAUAUAUAGUCGAAAAAGUUUUUGAGAAAAAAAACAAUUAAAGAAAGUAUUAAAAAAUAGGUAAUUAUAUUUUUUGAGAAAGUGACCUUGGAUGAUAUAUCUACUUUUUUCAAAAAUGCAACGAUAAGCCAUAAGUUUUAAGCUGUAUGAGGUACAAUAUGCAUUUUAUAAAGCGCGACCUGGCCGAACUGUCAAAGUGACAGGUAGGGGGCGCGCACAGCUCCGACGCAUUCCUUCUUUAUGCAUUCUAUACAUUUCUACUCUCUUUCCCCCCAAAAGAUAAUGAUUGACUGAGUGAAUGUGUCUAGAAUAUAGUGCGAAUGAAUGUUAGUCCUGUAUAGGUUUUAGUAUUAAAGCAUUUUUGUACAGCCGCAUGCUUUGUUAUCAUUAUUAUAUUUACUAAUAGGAGUGAAUGAUUUUUAUUAUGGAUGCAACACUGCCUUUUUCAGUUAAAAUGAUGUAGCAAUUUGCUUUAUAAUGGCUCUGUAAAUGUUUAUUUUCAAAAAACUAAUAAUAAUAAAUUAAUAACGAUCAUGAGUAUAUAAUAUCAAGGCUUUUUAAGUUGAGAGGCUUGAAUCGACUUUUGUGCCGCUGAAUGUAUAAAAAAUACCCCACUUAUAAAGCUUUUUCUUGUUAAAUAAAAUCGCUGGUAGAUUUACAUUUUUUACGUUGGGUAUAUUUUCUUAUAUUUAAAUGUAAAUAAAGUUGGCUUUAUUGGGAUAACUUAUUAAAAAAACAGUGUCCUCCCUCAUUUUAACUGAAAACAAACGUGGAUGAAUUUCUUUCAAAAUUGUUUGUUUGCUUUUAAGAUUAUGCUUUUUGUAAAACCUGAUAACCGAGUCAGUUCUUCCUAGUGUUAAUCAGAGUAAUAUAUUAUCGAUUAGUUUAUAACAAGUUUUAUACCUGCUGGAUGCGAAUGUUAAUAUUUCCACUUUUUCGGUUUAUACAGAGCGUCAAAUUGAAAAAGUUGCUGGAUGCACUCUGUAUGUUUUUACAUGCCAUUUUCGUUUGCUUGUAUGUUGCUAACGUACGUUGGUUGAACAAAAAAAGGCCACUCUCCUUUGAAGUCUUCGUAUUUUUUAGCCGGAAUUGAUUUUUUUAUCAAUUUACAAUUUAACCGGCCCCAUGCACAGUGAUCUAAAUACCAAACUUGAGCGGAUAACUUCACUAGCAAAUUUUAGACUAUUCUUAGGUUAUUCGAAUGUAUAAAAAUGAAAGAUUGUUCGCUCAAAAUUGUCGUAGUAACCACUGUGCGAGUGUUCAACCAAUGGACUUGCCUUCUUUGUAGUGACAUACUCCAUGUUGUCUCCCGAAACUACUUUAAAUCACCAAGUUGUUGUUUUCCUUGAAUUGUUACUGUUAUUAUUUUCAAAUUGUUGUAAAUAUAUACUUCGGCCCAACUUUUUAGCAUCUCGUUUAGGUGAAUGGUUCGCAUGUACAAAGGUUAAUGUUAACUGUUUUACUGUAUUUAAUAUAACUGUUUUUAAUAUUAAUUAUAGAUGGCCAUAUCUAAACGAGGUGAAGCGUUUGUUUCCUGGGCGAAGUAAGUUAGUUGUCAAAUGUCAAAAUGAAUACUUUAGAGCACGCUCUAAUAUACAGGUCUUGCAACAGAUUUUAGAGCCAUAUGUGAAAUAAACUGAACUACUCACGUAUGCUUUGUUUGAAACUGUCAACAUUUUAUUGUCGAAUUGGAAAAGUGUAUACUCAUUUUCUAAUCUCAUCCACCGAUCUAUGCUACUAAUUGGUUAACAAAAUAAGACAACAGUAAGGGUAAAAUCGUACAAAAUUUGCAAACAACCUUUAACAAAGCCCUCUACCCUUUUAUUUUACAUGUAGUAAGUAAAACACAUUUAUGACAGUUACUUUUUGAAACAAAACAGGACUUCGGCAAUAAUUACUUACCAAAUAAUUUUUUUCGAACAUGUGAACCAAACCAACGUGCACGCGAUAGAAUUUUUAAAAAUGUGGGUAAUGUUCAUCCAAGUUGCAAGACCAUGCUUCGGACUAAUAAAAAGCAAGUGAAUUUAUCUGUGCUAAGGUGUAUCUAAAGUCAUUCGUUUAGAAUUUUUGAAAGUAGGCUUUUUGUUUAUCCAUGUUUCUUGGUGAUUUAAACGUAGUUUCCAUUAUUGUCUUUUAGUUGGUACGCUCGCCGGCUAGGCUGCGGGCCGAUCUUAGAAUUUAAGAUGAUCUUUAGGAAAGUAAAUGAAAUUACAUACAACAACAAAACAAAAUAUUUUGCCAAUGGAAGUUGAUCUUCACUUAGUAUUUGGAUAUAAUCUUUCUAUACCAGUAACUUAUGAAAUAUAUUUGUAAAUGUAUUUUAACUAUAUUUGACUUUUAGAUGACACAAUUUGUAAAUAAUUAGUAUGCGAAAAUCUGAAUCUUUUUGUAAUAUUUCAAUUUUGUAUUUCUUAAUGAUGGUGAUAAAUUUUAGUCUGUAUAUAUUUAUUUGAAAAAUAUUAAAUCUAUAUGUAAUUAAUUCUAUAUAUAAAUAAAUAUACGUGAAACACAGGCGCCAAACUUUCAAUUCUAUUGAUUGGAAAUUUGGCUGGCCCUAUCACAAUUAUAUUUAAUAUAUUUCUGUUUUAUUGUCAAGUUAAUUAUAAAUGUUUGUCAUCCGGACAAAACAGUCGGCGAGACUUCGUACGCUAGCUUGUAUUCCGCUCAGUGCAAAUAAACGUACGUUCCUGUUAAAAUUU